AUGUCAAGCACAUUGCAAUUAGGAAACGGAUCGAGUGCGAUGGCUUGUACUUUUUCACAUACGAUGGCAUCUUUCGUGUCGAAUUUUAUGGUAACCCCUGUUAUCACGGUACUUUAUAGAGGCCGCGGACGACAGGUAAGCACUAAGCCAAACGUUAUAACGAGGAAUGACCUGCUGCGCACAGCGGAGAUGAAUGACAUCCAUGCUUCAAGGCGGUCUUCAUAUAGUAGUGACGGUUCAAACGCUAGACGCGAGUCUCACAGGAAACACAGGAGGUCCAAAAGGCCGCAAGCGACAGCCCAAAUAUAA